AAAAUGGAGAGUUGCGAAACAUAGAUUUAAAACAAAAACAAAACAAAAAAUUCAAAGAUGGCUACACAACGUGACAAUUACCUUCGUAUAAAUAAUCUCUUCCACAAAAUUGCGGAACCAACAAUUGAUAAACUGAUGGAAAAUUACCUUCACAGAACAAACCAGUCGCUAGAGAAAUUUCUCAACAAUACAAAUAUUAAGCAUACAAUCAUGCAUUUGUACUGGAACGACAAAGAGUGUUGUGAAAAUGUGAAAAACUGCACCAAAUCCAAAAACCGUCCAAUCAGCCGUGACAAGCUUGAUGCUUAUUAUGAUUACGGUUACAAGAUAAACUCUCAUUGUAAUGUUCACCCAUGUCUGUGUCACAUUAUUGCCAAGCGGAUCAUGUCUCGAGAUCUGGAGAUGCCACAACUUGCCUUUUUAUUUCGGCAAUUCGAAAUUUUCAACGGAGAAAUAUUAGAAUCUGUCGAUAUCAUUCUAAAAGUCCAUACAAAGUUGAAGCUUGAUUACACAGACCAACGAAUUAGAGCAAAUGACUUUGAAAAGAUGUGGGCUACCUUAUCACCAAAUCUCCAGAAGUUGGGAGCUACACAGCACGACAUUGGCUUGGUCAGAAUUAGCACAAUUGAAGACUCAAAGAUAAAGCAGAUUGAUAUGACAAGUCCACAAAGGAGAUGUACAGAACUGACGCUGAUCACAAUCAAUUUAAUUGUUAUUUUGGUUUUACUGGUUGCUGUUAUUGCCUUAGUGAUUACCAUUGCAGUUUAUACUUUCUAAAAGGACUAAGAUUAACAGAGAGUACGAAGAAACAGACCAAUGGAAAUGAAUGACAAUGACAUUAAAUCUAUUCCAAUGAAGUGUUCCUAUAUUUUAAGAUUAACAUCAAAUAUUCAUUUAAUAAUGCAUGGAAAUAUCCGUAUUUAUCUCUAAAGAAUAGUUUUGAUUUCAUAAAACUGACACAAUUUUUAAAAAUGGUAUCAUAUUUGGAUAUAUUUUAUAUCGCUGUCAUUUUCUUUUAAAUGUUAAUUGUUUGUAUGAAUUUCUUUUAGAAGAUGCGAGUAUUUUUUAAACUGAAAUUGAAUGUACUUCUCUUUUAUGUAAAAACAAUAUAGUUUUAAAUUUGUUCCGUCAUGACAAAGAACAGAAGCUACUAAAUUGUAACUUGAAGAAGUACUAGUAUACGCUUACAAUGAAAGGAUAUUUACCAAUAUGCAUUCUGUGUGAGACCUGGAUGACAGUAUUAAUAUUGCCCGCUUUACAUUUCGAGCUUUUGAGAUAAAAAUAAAUUCCAACAAUAAGCUGAUUCAUCUAAAA